AUGCCAAAAGUGCGAUCCGUUGACAGGCCGCCAGACGGCGGGUGGGGUUGGGUAGUGGUGGCCAGCACGUUCUUCGUCAAUAUGCUGGUGGUUGGGACCUUGAAGUCCUUCGGAGUGUUCUACGCAGAGUUCAGGGAAGUUUUCCAGGAGAGUGCCGGGAUGACGUCCUUCAUCAGUUCUAUCCUAGGGGGUAUGCUGUUGAUGUGUUCUGUGUUUGCCGGUGCUCUGAGCAACCUGACCAGCUGCCGUACUGUGAUCAUCACAGGGGGCGUCAUUUCUGCCGUGGGGCUUGUCGUCAGCUUCUUCGCACGGACGAUGACUCACCUGUUCUUCAGUGUGGGGGUCCUCACAGGAUUUGGCCUCUCCCUGAUGCACUCUCCAAGCAUGGCUAUAAUUGGACGCUACUUUGGCAGGCGGCACGCCACAGCCAAUGGGGUCGGCGUAUGUGGAUCGGGGAUUGGCACUUUCGCAUUUGCUCCACUCUAUCAGUUCCUUGUAGACGAGUUCGGGUGGAGAGGGGCUUUACUGAUUGUGGCCGGCAUACCAUUGAACGGCUGCGUCUGUGGUGCCAUGAUGAGACCCAUACAUCUCAAAGAGGAUUGCAAGGAGGAAGAAGGUGAGAAAGUCAUGGAAGCGUUUGACGUGACCUUACUGAAACACCGCCCUUUCCUUGUUUACUGUGUGUCGCUAUUCGGAACCUCGCUGGGCAGCUCCAUGAUAUUUGUGCACCUUGUAGCCCAUGCUCAACACGUUGGAAUGGAGAAGACGCCAGCCGCUUUUCUACUGUCAAUCUUGGGAAUCUCAGAGGCGGUGUCAAGGCCGUUACACGGGUGGCUGUCGGACAGGGUACACAUCAGUAAGCUGUACUAUUACAUGGUUGGCAAUAUCGGACUGGCCAUACUUAACAUCGCCAUACCGUUCGGAAGAACCUACACGGGCCUUGUGGUGUGCAUGGUGCUGUACGGAUUUUUCUCGGGCAGUUUCAACGCACUCCUUGCUGUGAUGGUGAGGAUAUACAGCAGCAUUUCCAGGAUUUCCAGUGGGCUAGGGUGGGCGCUCGUAUUCGAGGGGGCCGCCUUCCUACUCGGGCCACCUAUUGCAGGUUGGCUCUAUGACGCAACGGGCAACUACGACAUGUCUUUCUACGCUGCUGGCAUCUUUAUCUUCCUGUCUGCGGUCGUGCUUUUCCUCAUUCCCUGUUCAACACCAAGAGGGUCAUCCUCGAUCGGUUCUGCCACCAGUGAGCCCAAUCAGGACGGAAUUAAGAUAGUUGCCUUCAGAAAUUUGGGUACAGAAACUGGUAAGAGUGACUCAUCAGGCCAAAGCAACCCUGGUUUUGAGGAAUGA